CCCUGUCUUUUUUUAACAUGUUCAAUAAAGAAGAAUAAUAAAAUACAGUUAAUGCCUGGUUUCCCAUAGGAAACUAGAACAUCAAAUCAUAUAUCAUCCCUUUGGUGUGUGUGUGUGUGUGUGUGUGUUUGCACCUCUUAGACUGACUUAAAUCAGAAGAUGAGUGACUGUGUGGAGGAAGAGGAGGGCAGAGCAGAGUCUGCAGUGUCCAGCUGUCUGUCCAUGAAGAGCGACCGGUCUAAAGGACGACCUCCAACCUUCAGCAUUGAACCUGGACCUUCAGACACAAAAGGUUCCUGCCACAGAGCAGAGUCUGCAGUGUCCAGCUGUCUGUCCAUGAAGAGCGACCGGUCUAAAGGACGACCUCCAACCUUCAGUGCUGAACCUGGACCUUCAGACACAAAAGGUUCCUACCACAGAGCAGAGUCUGCAGUGUCCAGCUGUCUGUCCAUGAAGAGCGACCGGUCUAAAGGACGACCUCCAACCUUCAGUAAUGGACCUGGAGCUUCAGACACAAAAGGUUCCUGCCACAGAGCAGAGUCUGCAGUGUCCAGCUGUCUGUCCAUGAAGAGCGACCGGUCUAAAGGACGACCUCCAACCUUCAGUGCUGAACCUGGAGCUUCAGACACAAAAGGUUCCUGCCACAGAGCAGAGUCUGCAGUGUCCAGCUGUCUGUCCAUGAAGAGUGACCGGUCUAAAGGAAAGCCUCCAACCUUCAGCAUUGAACCUGGACCUUCAGACACAAAAGGUUCCUGCCACAGAGCAGAGUCUGCAGUGUCCAGCUGUCUGUCCAUGAAGAGUGACCGGUGUCAUGAUAGUAUCGAUCAGGAGAUCAGCAUAUUGUCCAGCCUGAGUGUUGUAAUACCUGACUUCUGGUCCUGGAACCAGACAGGAGCACUGGAACCAGCAUGA